AUGGUGUACAAAGCUUUAAGAGAAAGAGAGGUAAGGACAGGAUUACCUACAAAGCUCCAAUUCAGUAAAUUAGGUGGAUCUGCUCAUAUGGCGAGGGCUACCAAAGAGGAACAUCAAGAUUCUAAAAUUGGGAAACCAGGAAUGAUUUAUCUUUACGCUAAAACCACGAAUUUAAGCCCAGGUACGUUAAAACACCGUCCACUUCAAACGGAAAGUAUAUCGACUUCGUCAAGUAUUAGCACCGUGAAGGCUCAAGCGACAACGGAGAGGUCAACAGCGGAAAAAUACCCUACGUUGAAAGAAAGGUCAAAUCUACCCUCGCAACAAGAAAAAAACCAUGUCUAUGGCGAACCGGGAUGUCCCGAUAACCCCUGGCGGGAUGCCGGUUUGACAGAGCUCUUCCAAAAGUGGAUUAACAUUUCCAAACAAUACAACAUUGAAUACGUUCUGUGCGGAGGUAGUCUCUUAGGGGCGAUGCGAAAUAACGAUAUAAUCCCGUACGAUUCUGACAUAGACGUCUUGAUUGAUAUCAAUUACUUUACGACUAUGAGAAGGCUGGCUGAGAGACGAAAUUUUUCACGGUCAGACAGGAAGAUCCAUUUGGUGCUGCAACCAGAAUUCACAUUGAACAUUCCAGUUGAAAAGAGGAAACGUUAUGAUUGUCAAGGCAAGGUGGCGCCAAAGCUUAUAGACGAAUGUUCUUUCCAGGAGCCACUUGGAAGACUCUUCAAGGGAAACUUACACAUUGACUUUUAUCACUUUUACGAUAGAGUGCUCUUUGUAGACGAUCCAAGCGACGAUAAACUCAAGCAGUACCCUAAGAAGGAUUUUUAUCCCUUUGAGCCGUGUAACUUCAUGGGUUUUGAAGCGUCGUGUCCACGCAACCCUUGGGAAAUUUCACGAAUCUACUUCAAUACUGACGAUUUCCUUGAGCCUAUUUAUAAAUGCAAGAAUGGAACUUGGGUUGAUGUGAACGGCAGAGCUGCGUAAGAGUUUUUAGAUCAUAGUACAAUGCAGCCAAAAAUACCUUUUUGGGGGCCUUUUUUAUGCGAUAUCCCACUUUAAAAAUAUAAAUAAACAAUAACAACGGAUUAAAGUAUUUACGUGCCAUUGGAUAUAUCCUAACACACUGCCCCGUGCGUGGAUAGUCACUAGCAGGCACCGUAAGAGUGCCUUCAUGUAAAGGUUUCUAAGUUGAGAAAGAAAACAGACUAUUAGAAAUAAAAACAUUUUCAGCUGUAAGUAAAUUAUUAACCCAUAGGUAGAUCUUCAUGCACUUAAAACAUCACAUCAGUUUUGACCCCUGAGAGUGAUUAACAUCUAAUUUCUCCUUACAAUCUCACCCCUGAAUCAACAAUUAGGAGAAUACGCAAACUGCUGGUUUUAGGGUUAAAAUGGUUAAACAGCACUUUGUGUAUAUUCCUGCUGUCUUAAAGUAAACUCAGUCUCCAA